AUGGAUGUAUUCAAUUUCACCUACUGGAAUGCCUCUGAAGGCAAUGACACAGAAGUUGUGGAAGAGAACGAGAGCGCCUACAAAACUGUGGAGGUGGUGUUCAUCGUGUUGGUGGCCGGUUCCCUCAGUUUGGUCACAGUCAUUGGAAAUAUCCUGGUUAUGCUUUCCAUCAAAGUUAAUAGGAACUUACAGACUGUCAACAACUAUUUUUUAUUCAGCCUUGCAUGUGCUGACCUAAUUAUCGGACUGUGCUCGAUGAACUUGUACACAGUCUACAUAGUAAUAGGGUACUGGCCCUUGGGGCCGGUGGUGUGCGACUUGUGGUUGGCCCUGGACUAUGUUGUCAGUAAUGCGUCUGUCAUGAAUCUUCUCAUCAUCAGCUUUGACAGAUAUUUCUGUGUCACCAAGCCCCUCAGCUACCCUGUCAAAAGGACCACCAAGAUGGCAGGAAUGAUGAUUGCUGCCGCCUGGGUUCUCUCUUUCAUCCUCUGGGCACCGGCCAUCCUCUUCUGGCAGUUCAUCGUCGGUGGGCGGACAGUGCCUGAGAAGGAGUGUUACAUUCAAUUCUUCUCUAAUGCAGCAGUCACUUUUGGCACUGCCAUCGCCGCCUUUUACCUGCCCGUCAUCAUCAUGAUUCAGCUGUACUGGCAGAUCUCCAGAGCGAGCAAGAGCCGUGUGAAGAAGGAUAACCGUAAGCCUUCGGCAGCCAAUCCAGCGCCAGUGUCACCUGACCAGAGGAGGAACAACACGCCAAAACCCAACAAUAACAAUGUACCAGGGGAACCCACAGGACGUUCCCCGAGCCAGCAUGCUGAGGAUGGAGCCAAUCAUAAUGAUGGAAAGCUGCAAAAUGGCAAAGGACCUUCCUCCACCACUGCUGAUGGAGAAACUGAGGCUGAAGACCCCACAAGGGAGACCCUCGCUCCUGGAGAAGAGAAGGAGAGCUCCAAUGAUUCAACAUCUGGAAGCGUGGCUGUGUCCAAUCAGAAGGACGAUGAGGCAGUUCCCCCUACUGCAAACUCCAGCGCAGAGACGAGCCAACCGCCCCCACGUCAGCGAGCAAAGGCAGGUGGCUCCAAGCUGACCUGCAUCAAGAUCAAGACAAAGUCCCCAAAGGGUGACUGCUACACGCCAUCCAACGCCACCGUUGAGAUCGUCCCAGCCACAGAGCGGCAGAAUCACGUGGCGCGGAAGAUUGUGAAAAUGACGAAGCAACCGCCCAACAAGAAGAAGAAAGCAGCACCAUCACGGGAGAAAAAAGUGACCCGAACCAUCAUGGCCAUCCUGGUAGCUUUCGUAGCCACCUGGACUCCUUACAACGUGAUGGUGCUCAUUAACACCUUCUGCUCCAGCUGCAUCCCCAGCACAAUGUGGACUAUUGGUUACUGGCUGUGCUACAUCAACAGCACCAUCAAUCCGGCCUGCUACGCCCUGUGCAAUGUCACAUUUAAAAAGACAUUCAAACAUCUCCUCCUCUGCCAGUAUAAAAAUAUUAGGUCAGCCAGAUAA